CAAACAGGCAAACGAGAGGCAAACUUUGGCUUGUGGGCAUCUUCAGCUGGACAGAGAAGGAGCGCAGAAGCGGGAGGAGGAUGUUCUGCUGUUUUAAAACGCUGCUUCUCCCACUGCAGACGUUCAUGGGGCUGUGCCUUCGUCGGGAUAUUAAAGAGGAGGAUAAAAAGGCAAAACUGCAGAACUCUAAGAUUGAAGAAGACCUUUGUGAACUUGCCUGGGCUGAAAGGAACGUUCUUAAAAUACUCAUGCUUGGAACUGCAGAGAGUGGAAAGAGCACAGUGGUCAAACAGAUAAAGUUGAUCUACAGCCAUGGCUUCUCCAAGCAGGAACUCCUAAGUUUUAAGCCCGCAGUGUUGGACAACAUUUUGACUUCUAUGAAGAUAGUUCUACAAGGAAUGGGCAUGCUGCGGAUAAACCUGGCAAACAAGAAGAACAAGAUUCAUGCCCGAUCCAUUCUGUCCUGCAGCCAGUGUUUGGGCGACGACCAGGAGCUGCUUCCUUUCGUGGCUCAUGCUUUCUGUGCACUUUGGGCCGACCAAGGGGUGAGAGCAGCUGCUGCCAGAGGUUGGGAGUUUGAGCUGAACGACUCCGCGAUUUAUUUCUUUGAGAAUAUGAGUCGAAUCAUCCGGCCCAACUACAUCCCCACUGAGACGGAUGUUCUGAGAGUCAGAGUGAGGACCAGCGGAAUCAUCGAGACACAGUUUCAAGCAAAUGGAACCAUUUUUCGGUUUUAUGAUGUCGGGGGCCAGCGAAGUGAGAGGAGGAAGUGGCUAAGGUGUUUUGAUUCCAUUCAUGCUGUGUUGUUUGUUGUGGCCCUCAGCGACUAUGACAUGAUGCGGCUGGAGGAUCCCGCUGUGAAUCGGCUUCAGGAAAGUCUUGGACUCUUUACAUCGAUCUGCACUGAUGCAGUCUUCCGAAAAAACACUCUCAUUCUUUUCAUGAACAAAACUGACCUUUUCCUUGAGAAGAUCCUACUCUCUGCGAGACACUUGAGAUUUUAUCUUCCAUCUUACAAAGGCCCAGACGGGGACGUGGAUGCUGCAGCCCACCACAUCACUGCCAUGUUCUCUGCAUGCAACGGCAGUAACACCAAGCCUGUGUACCACCACUUCACCACCGCCACAGACACUGCUAACAUACAGCUAGUCUUCCACAUGGUUAUUGAUCAGAUUAUCCGGGAGAACCUAGCAGCUGUCCAGCUUCUGUAGAUCCCAAAGCUGUUUAUAUCAUUUUAAGUUGUCUAUUACAGUGAUGUGAAUUCCAUCACAGCUGUUUUUGUUUUUGUGUGUUUGUGUUAUUUAAAUUGAAUUAUUUAAAUGCACAGUUAUACAAGCUGUGAUUUAGCAUUUUUAUUUUUAACACUAUUUUAAAUAAAAUACUUUC